AUGGAGAGGUCGACCUUCGUCGUCACAGCAUCCAAUGACCGAAGGGCUUGCAUUUGGGACAUUUCUACCGGGGCGGUGGUCGCGACCUUAGACCAUGAUCUUGAAGUGAACAGUGCUGCAUUCGAUCCAUCGGGAAUGUCGGUGGUGACGACAUCACAAGAUCGAUCGGCGAAGGUUUGGGAUGCGGCUUCUGGGGAGGAGCUAGCUGCUGUCGCACACGACAAUUCUGUGUAUUCCGCGGCAUUCGACACAUCGGGCGCUCUUUUUGUCACAGCUUCAGACGACAAAACCGCGUCAGUAUGGGAUGCUACGAAUGGGUCGAAGAGAAUUUCUGCUCGGCAUGACCACGCAGUUUACAACGCCUCUUUUGAAGUGUCGAGCAGCCGUUUCGUAACUGCUUCCCGUGAUAGUUCAGCUUGUGUUUGGGAUGUAUCCGCGGGAGCCAGGCUUGUGAAGCUGAAGCACCGUGACAGGUGCAUGAAUGCUACCUUCGAUGCAGCUGGUAGCAGAGUUGUCACAGCCUCCUUUGACAAAAGCGCUAUAGUCUGGGACGUUGUCAGCGGUGCAAAGAUUUUCACUGCAAAGCACAGCAACUUGGUCUUCAGCGCUGCCUUCAAUGCACCUGGCACUCACAUAGUCACAGGCGGUGACGAGCAUGCUGCGAAGGUUUGGGACCUCGCCAGUGGCAAGGAGGUUGCCACUCUUCGGCACAAGGACCGCGUCUAUAGAGUAAGCUUCGAUCCCAGCGGCAGUCGGGUUGUCACGGCUUCCGCCGAUGGCUCCGCCGGCCUCUGGGAUGUCGCGACAGGUGCACAACUACACACCUUCAAGCACUCCAGGGGCGUGCUGGAUGCUUCUUUCGACCCUUCCGCAGCCGUGGUCGCAACGGCAUCUGAGGACGGUACGGCCGCAGUUUGGCAAGUGGAGUCUGGAGAGCGCCUCUGCGCGCUUAGCCAUGAAGCCACCGUGAAUGGAAUCGCUUUCAACUGA